UAGCCUCGAGGCUUGUCUAUGCUUUUGAGCAAAAUAUAGUCACCUGUAGAUGCAGUACACUAACAGUACGUGCAGUAGCUGUCCCAAGGCCGCAAUAGUAUUAGACUACAGUCUCUAUGUGCUAUGACCACUACACCAAAGAAAACAGGAUCAAAAAUCACCAGGAAAAAGAAGAAAAACAGAAAGAAAUCCAUCUUCACUACAAUCACACACAAGUCUUGGUCCAAGCACAGUGCUCGCCACCACACACUCCACAGGUUGCCUGCCACAAUCUUCAGUAACUCUUCAAGAAAGUUGUCUCAUGACGGAGAAACUGAGAGUUCAUCCUGGUCACUACCUGGUCCCAUUGAUCUUCUCCUCCCAGUUACAGUGUCACAACUUCCACCCCCUCACACCCAGCUAUCGCAUUAUUCACACCCUCACACCGUCUUGUCACAGCCUCCACCCCCUCACACCCUCCACAAAAAAUCGUCACAACCGUUGUCACAGAUACAACAAAAGAAGAAAAAAAUGGCCUACGCUUCAAAAUAUCGUUUUCAAGAAGAGAGCGUUUUACCACUCCAUAAUACCACUGUACACUUGAAAUACAAUGAACCAUCUCCUGCUGAAACAGUAGCGGAGAAAGAGACUGUGACUGAGUUGUUUGUGUUGUGUAUACCUCUUCACAAGCUGAGCAGACCAGUCCAGUUUGUAACCUGUGUUCUGGGUGUCAUGUUUUUCUACUUGUUGUACGGCUACACACAGGAAUGGAUAUUCUCAGUGGAGGGCUUCAAGCCGUUUGGCUGGUAUCUGACGUUGGUGCAGUUUGCCUGUUACUCUGCCUUCGGAUUUUCCGAGAGGAAAUUGAGAAAUGAAGGAAGAAGAAGGAUUCCCCUUCGAAUGUACGCUCUUAUUAGCUUCCUGACGGUAUCGACCAUGGGCCUCUCCAACUCAUCCCUCAGCUAUCUGAACUAUCCCACUCAGGUCAUCUUCAAGUCCUGUAAGCUCAUCCCAGUCAUGCUGGGAGGCAUGAUCAUUCAAGGGAAGAAAUACACUUUGGUGGACGGCAUAGCCCUGUUGUGUAUGAGUGCUGGGCUCAUCAUGUUCACCCUGGCUGACAGCACAGUGCAACCAGAGUUCAACAAGACAGGUCUGUUGCUCAUCUCCUUGGCUCUGUGUGCUGAUGCAGUCAUUGGAAAUGUCCAGGAAAAGGCUCUCAAACAAUACUCGGCCUCUAAUGUUGAGAUGGUCCUCUUCUCCUACUUUAUUGGAUUCUGGUACCUUCUAGUGGCUGUCACACUCACUGGCUCUCUACAAGCUGCAUUCACAUACUGCUUUGAGCAUCCUGAGAUAUACCUGAUGGCCUUUGUGUUCUCCCUGACUGGAUAUUUGGGUAUCAACUUCGUGCUAGUCCUGGUUCGAUCCUUUGGAGCACUGCUGGCUGUCACAGUGACCACAUUUCGAAAGGCUGUCACCAUGGUACUCUCGUUUAUGCUCUUCACUAAACCCUUCACAACACAAUAUAUUUGGGCUGGUCUGAUCGUGCUACUGGGGAUAUUAAUAAAUCUAUACAACAAGAACAAAUUAAAGGUCAACAACUGGAUUAGAAUCGGCUUUUGGAAACUGGUGUAUUUAUUUAAAAGUCAAAAACAUUCAACUCGUUCAUUUCAAAUUUGAUCGGGCAGACUGGCCAACCGCUUUGUUUUUAUUUAUAUAUAGGAUCUCUUUAAUUCUCAGUGUGCAUGCCAUGUGUAUAUAGCUACGUGCAAG